AUAGAUAGAUGUGAGACAAGCCCUAGUAUGAUUAUCCAAAACCGAAACUAAAGAAGCUUCUAGUAGCCCCGUUCAAUAGGAAAGUCAUUCAGUUUCCUUACUCUUGAGUCUUGACAUUCAGACUCCCACCCCCCUCUCAAUUUCUACACACUAAAACUAAUUUUUAUUCAAGUAGCUGCACAAAGUAGUUCUGUAAUGGAUGCAUCAAAGCUGAAUCAGCUGAAGCAAUUCAUCGAACAGUGCAAGACAAAUCCGUCCAUGCUCUCCGAUCCAUCUCUCUCUUUUUUCCGGGAAUACGUUGAGAGUCUUGGAGGCGAGAUUCCGUCGUCUGCAGGGGCUUCUAAAGCGAAGUCUCAUGUGGUACAUGAGAGUGAUGAGGAUAUGGACAACAUUGAGGAUGAGACUCAGCCACCUCAGGAAGAAGAUGAGCCUGAGAUAGUUGAAUCCGAUAUUGAACUCGAUGAUUCUGAUGUCGUGGAGCCUGACAAUGAUCCUCCGCAGAAGAUGGGUGACCCCUCAGUUGAGGUCACCGAGGAAAACAGGGAUGCUUCUCAGGAGGCUAAAAUGCAGGCAAUUGAAGCAAUUUCUGAAGGCAAACAUGAUGAAGCUGUCGAGAGCCUCACCAGGGCUAUCAUGCUGAAUCCUACUUCUGCAAUUAUGUAUGCAACCCGAGCUAGUGUGUAUAUUAAAAUGAAGAAGCCAAAUGCUGCUAUUCGGGAUGCUAGUGCAGCAUUGGAGAUCAAUCCAGACUCUGCCAAAGGGUAUAAGUCUCGUGGUAUAGCUCAGGCUAUGCUUGGGAAAUGGGAAGAAGCAGCCAAGGAUCUUCACCUGGCCUCAAAACUUGACUAUGAUGAAGAAAUCAGUGCUGUGCUAAAGAAGGUUGAGCCAAAUGCCCAUAAGAUUGAGGAACAUCGUAGAAAAUAUGAUAGGCUUCGAAAAGAGAGAGAAGAUAGGAAGAUUGAACGCGAGCGACAACGGCGCCGAGCUGAAGCUCAGGCUGCAUAUGAAAAGGCUAAGAGACAAGAGCAAUCAUCAUCAAGUAGAGGAGUUGGGGGCAUGCCCGGUGGUUUUCCUGGUGGCAUGCCCGGAGGAUUUCCUGGAGGUAUGCCUGGAAUGCCGGGAGGUAUGCCCGGUGGAUUUCCUGGCGGGAUGCCCGGAAUGCCAGGAGGUAUGCCCGGUGGAUUUCCUGGCGGGAUGCCCGGAAUGCCAGGAGGUAUGCCUGGCAUGGCAGGCGGUAUGCCUGGGAAUGUUGACUACAGCAAGAUACUGAAUGAUCCUGAAUUGAUGUCAGCAUUCAAAGAUCCUGAAGUCAUGGCCGCACUCCAAGAUGUAAUGAAGAACCCUGCUAACCUGGCCAAGCAUCAAGCAAACCCAAAGGUAGCUCCAAUUAUAGCAAAAAUGAUGAGUAAAUUUGCUGGACCACAGUGACAUUUUGGCAUUGCAAGGGCUUCCAUUGUUUUGAAUGGUGUCUACAUUUUGAGACAUGUUUUAAAAUCUGUGUUUUAGACAUAAAAACACAAUUAGACCAUGGAUUAGUUGCGUAACGUGUGUUGUAAGUUUCAAUUUUGAAACUGCUAAAUUUGUUUUAUAUCCACAAGCUUUGAGAAGAA